AUGAGCAAUACGAACAAGGCGGAAUCACACCAAACACUCCGUACCGUUACCGACGAUGAUUCCGUGACCAUGACUGCCUCGCCGGAUGUCCAGUACCACCAAACCAACUCCACGGAUCCGGACGUCGAAUGCCCCCCGUCUACUCCAACAUACGUCUCGGUGCAUGACUUGACUUUGGAGGAAAAACUCUUGCUGCUUUCCGGUCAAACCUUGUGGUUGUUGCCGGAUUUGCCCCGCUUCAAUUUACCUUCUCUCACUGUCGCCGACGGUCCCCACGGCGUGCGCAAGCCCGUCAAAGAGCUGUCGCUACAGGAAGCGCUACCCGCCACGUGCUUUCCCACCGCCGCCGCUCUCUCCUGCAGUUGGGACGUGGAUUUCUUGCGCCAAGUGGGUAUCGCACUCGGCAACGAAUGCGCGCACUACCAGGUCGCCGUCCUCCUCGGCCCGGGCAUGAACCUCAAGCGCCACGGCGGCGGCGGGCGCAAUUUCGAAUACUUUUCCGAAGACCCCCUCGUUUCGGCCAAACUCGCCACGGCCUAUGUACAAGGCGUCCAAGCCAACGGACGCGUCGGCGCCUGCAUUAAACACUUUGCCGUCAACAAUCAGGAAUCACACCGAUUCGUCGUGGACGCUGUCGUCGACGAACGCACCGCACGCGAACUCUACUACCGCGGUUUCGAAGCCGUGGUCCGCGACGCGCAGCCCGCCACUAUCAUGUGCGCCUAUAACAAAAUUAACGGCGUGUACUGUAGCGAAAACGAAUUCUUGAACACGCAGUUGCUCCGCGACGAGUGGGGCUUCCAGGGCGUGGUGAUAACGGACUGGGGUGCUACCAACGAUCGGCCGGCCGCCAUUGCCGCCGGCAUGGAUUUGGAAAUGCCCGGAUCGCACGGAGCCCACGGCAGGGAAAUACGGCGCGCCCUUCGGGAAGGGACGGUUUUGCGCAUGGAACACGUCGACGCCUGCGCCCAACGUAUGCUAAAUCUCAUGUGCCGGUACAAAGAAUCGGUUCGGGAUACCUACGAAUUGUCGAGCUGGCAUGAUCAGCAUAAGUUGGCCAAGCAAGUGGCUAUGCAGUGCGCCGUCUUGUUGCAGAACCAGGGCAAUUUGUUGCCGCUGAAACAAGGAACGUCGGUAGCCGUUAUUGGAGACUUUGCCAAGGAACAUCCCCGCUACCAAGGCAUGGGGAGUUCGCAGGUCUGCACUAAUUCUGUCGUAACGGCGUACGAUGAGUUGUUUCGUCAUACGAAGGACGUUUUCUUUGCACCCGGAUACCAUGCCGAUGACGACCAUAUUGAAGCCGUGAACGAGGAAUUAUUGGCCGAAGCGGUGAGGGUGGCGCAGCAAGCCGAAGUCGUCUUGUUGUGCCUGGGACUUCCGGAAAUUAUGGAGUCCGAGGGUUUUGACCGUUUACACUUGAAUAUCCCUGCACAACACAAUGCUCUAGUGGACGCGGUUAGCAAAGUGAACAGUAACGUGAUUGUGAUGUUGAGCAAUGGCGGAGCGAUUGAGAUCCCGUGGGCUGACAAGGUCAAAGCUAUUUUUGAAGGCUACCUCUUGGGUGAAACCGGUGGAGCCGCCACGGUAGAUUUGAUUUUCGGUGUGCAAUCGCCCUGCGGCAAACUCGCCGAAACCUUUCCAAUUGUCCAAGAGGACAUACUCGCAGACCGGUACUUUCCGGGCAGUCGCGAUCGUGUGGAGUAUCGAGAAGGUUUGGAUGUCGGCUACCGUUACUUUGACACCGCCCAAAAAGACGUUCGUUUUCCCUUUGGGCACGGAUUGACGUACACGACCUUUGAAUACGGCAAUCUUAAUGUGCAAGUCAAUCGCGACGAUGCUACAUCCAAAUCUGUGCAUGUCUCGUUCGACUUAACCAAUACUGGCGCAGUAGCUGCCAAGGAGGUUGUGCAAUGCUAUAUUCAUCAAGACUCGCCGUCGGUUUAUCGACCUGUUCACGAGCUCAAGUAUUUUUGCAAAAUACAUUUGGAGCCUCAGCAAAGUAAACAGGUAGAAUUUGAUCUCCUUACCGAUGCGUUUUCGUUUUACGACAUUGGAGUCUCAGAUUGGACGGUAGAAGCUGGUGGUUUUGAAAUACGCAUUGCGUCGAGCAGUCGAGACAUUCGCUUGGAAGCGCCUGUAGUAUUUGCGGAAGGGCGUGGGCCGAGUGAUCUGGCGAAGGAAACCUAUCCUCCCGUUGCUGGAGGUGGCACACUCAGUCAAGUGGACGACGAAACAUUCGCUAAGCGGUUUGCGAAGAGAAAAGAAUUUGUAUUGGCAGAAUGCGUGGCGUCUGCCGAAUCUAGUACGGUCUCAAGAGUUGGCGGUUUUCAUCGGAAUUCGCUACUUAAGGAAGUAGCAAGUCGCAGACUUAUGGGCAAGCUCUUACUGUCAGUUGUUCUAUCCGCGGCAGCAAAAGAGGUCAAGAAAGGACCUACCCGAAAAAGGCAAAAACGUAUGGUUCGAGCCAAUGUGGAAAAUCUCCCGCUUCGAACGCUGGUGCUAUUCAGUAAAGGUGUACUGAGUUUUGAACUGCUGGAUGCCUGUAUUGCAGCCAUGAACUACCAGGUAUUUCGUGCCAUCGGAGGCUUUGGUUUGGCUUUUGCCUGUUUAUUUAAACGAAACUAAAUUGUACAAACCGUGCUCUUGACAGUGAGGUUUUUCGUCAAGUAAACUCUUCUGCCUAUUAUUGGUUCCGCUGUCACUGUGAAGACGCUUCCAUCAGGCUCUGUCUCCGUUAGAGCAAACGAAUUCCAAAAAAAGUAUGGUCACUUCCAAAAUCCCUGAAAUAGCAGAUAAGGACGGAUAUGUCAUUU